UUAAAUAAAACACAUUCAGACCAGCAAAAUUGUUUCUCUUCCAAGUCAAGUGUUUCUCUUACAAGAAGACUCAAGACUCUAUCCAAAAUUGUCAGCUUUAUAACUUCCGCGUCUCUUUUUUAUGUAUUGGUUAAGAAUCAUAAACCAUCUUGAAGCAAUUGAUUCUUGAAUGAAGAAGGUUCAGUUAAUUUUACAUAGAGCGUAUAACACAGCCAGUGGAGUCAGUUUCAGUUUUGAGAUCUCUCGUCUUUCACGAAUCGGUCAAAUCAAUGAAGCUCGCAAGUAUUUCGAUUCGUUACGGUUUAAAGCAAUCGGUUCAUGGAACUCAAUUGUUUCCGGUUAUUUCGCAAACGGGUUUCCGAGAGAAGCACGCCAACUGUUCGAUGAAAUGCCUGAGAGAAAUAUUGUUUCUUGGAACGGAUUGGUUUCUGGGUAUAUUAAGAAUGGGAUGAUAGAAGAAGCUAGGAAUGCGUUUGAGAUGAUGCCUGAGAGGAAUGUCGUGUCGUGGACCGCGAUGGUGAAAGGUUAUGUUCAAGAAGGUAUGGUUUGUGAAGCUGAGUUGUUGUUUUGGAGAAUGCCUGUGAAGAAUGAGGUUUCUUGGACUGUGAUGUUUGGUGGUUUGAUUGAUGAGGGACGUAUUGAUGAUGCACGUAAGUUGUAUGAUAUGAUGCCUGUUAAAGAUACGGUAGCGAGUACUAAUAUGAUUGGUGGGUUGUGUAAAGAAGGAAGAGUUGAUGAGGCAAGAGAGAUUUUUGAUGAGAUGAGGGAUAGAAAUGUGAUUACUUGGACUACUAUGAUUACCGGGUAUGGGCAGAAUCAUCAAGUGGAUGUUGCUAGGAAGCUGUUUGAAGUGAUGCCGGAGAAAACUGAAGUUUCGUGGACUUCAAUGCUUUUGGGGUAUACGUUGAGUGGGAGAAUGGAAGACGCUGAGGAGCUCUUUGAGGAGAUGCCGGUGAAGCCGGUUAUUGCGUGUAAUGCGAUGAUUGUUGGGUUAGGAGAGAAAGGAGAUGUGGAAAAAGCGAGGUGGGUUUUUGAUCAAAUGAAGGAUAGAGAUACUGCGACUUGGCGAGGAAUGAUUAAAGCUUAUGAAAGGAAAGGUUUUGAAUUGGAGGCUCUUGAUUUGUUUACUCAAAUGCAGAGAGAAGGUGGAGUCAGACCGAGUUUUCCAUCUUUGAUCAGCGUUCUUUCGGCGUGUGCCUCUUUAGCGAGUCUCCAAUAUGGUAAACAGGUCCAUGCUCACUUGGUGAGAUGUCAGUUUGAUGUUGAUGUGUAUGUUGCUUCUGUUUUGAUGACGAUGUAUGUCAAAUGUGGUGAGCUUGUAAAAGCAAAGCUAGUAUUUGACCGGUUUCCCUCAAAGGACAUAAUCAUGUGGAAUUCGAUUAUUUCUGGUUACGCAUCACACGGUUUAGGAGAGGAAGCUCUUAAGGUUUUCAGUGAGAUGCCGUCGUCUGGUACCAUGCCAAACAAAGUGACCUUAAUUGCUAUUCUGACAGCAUGUAGCUACGCUGGAAAAGUUGAGGUAGGGCUUGAGAUAUUUGAAUCAAUGGAAUCAAAGUUUCGCAUGACGCCAACGGUUGAGCAUUAUUCUUGCACAGUGGAUAUGCUUGGGCGUGCAGGACAGGUAGAUAAGGCAAUGGAAUUGAUAGACAGUAUGACUGUAAAGCCAGAUGCUACAGUUUGGGGUGCUCUGUUGGGAGCGUGUAAAACUCACUCACGUCUAGAUUUAGCCGAAGUUGCUGCAAAGAAACUCUUUGAGAUUGAACCAGAAAACGCUGGUCCAUAUGUUUUGCUAUCCAGCAUAAAUGCAUCUCAGUCCAAGUGGGGGGAUGUUGCAGAACUAAGAAAAAACAUGAGGACAAAGAAUGUAAGUAAAUUCCCUGGUUGCAGCUGGAUUGAAGUAGAGAAAAAAGUGCACAUGUUCACUCGCGGAGGCAUAAGAAACCAUCCCGAGCAGACGAUGAUAUUGAUGAUGUUGGAGAAAACAGAUGGAUUAUUGAGAGAAGCUGGUUAUAGUCCUGAUUCAAGCCAUGUGUUGCACGAUGUAGACGAGGAAGAGAAAGUAGAUAGCUUAAGUCGUCACAGCGAAAGACUCGCUGUGGCUUAUGGACUUCUAAAGCUACCCGAAGGAGUGCCUAUUCGGGUCAUGAAGAACCUUAGAGUCUGCGGAGAUUGCCACGCCGCCAUUAAACUCAUUUCUAAAGUGACAGAAAGAGAGAUCAUUCUAAGAGAUGCAAACAGAUUCCACCAUUUCAACAAUGGGGAGUGUUCUUGUAAAGACUAUUGGUGAGAUUGGUCCAUUCUAUUUGGUUUAUUUCGGUUCAAGUUCAUUGGUUUAGUUGAGAUUUAUGUAUUAUAUACUAUAUACUAGUUUAUAAGAAUGUUGCAGGGAAUGGUUUACGCAUAUCAAUGCACCCACUUGAAUCAACAUGUCAAUUAUAUCAUCUUUACAAUUAUUCGUUCAAUAAUUGAAUCAUUUGC